GAAAUGAAAAUGACUGUUAAAUUAGUUUUUUUUUAUAUUAUAGAUAAAUGGAACAAAUUCUCUGGUCAUUUGUGAGUACCAGUGCAGUGCCCACUCAAAACGCAGCUGUCUGGAACGGGCUGAUUGCUUGGUCUCUGGAAUUGCUUCCUGAAAACUGUUUCAUCCAAACAACUUCACACUAGACACUUUACCUCCUUAGAUCCUGGCCAAAACAUCCAACCAGUGUGAAGUCAGGCGACAGACAUACAUAGAAGUUAGAACCAUACAGGCGAAUAACAUACAUACCUACAUACAUACAGACAUACAUACAUACAUACAUACAUACAUACAUACAGACGAACAUACAUGCAUACAAACAAACAGAUCAACAUAUAUACAUGCAUAUAGACGAACAUACAUAUAUACACACACACACACAUACUAGAUACAUACAUACAUAUUAUAUACAUACAUAUAUUCAUACAGAGACUCCAUCCAUUUUUGUACAAUUUAGAUGAUGCUAUUUCAUAAAGCAUUUCAUACCAGAUAACAUUGGCCUCUCAAAGAAAUAAUUAGCUGUACAAAAUUGGAUAAUUUGUUGAGAGGAAGCUGACUCAACACACUGUCUGAUGGUAUUAUACUAAACUCUUACGUGAACACAAUUCCGUUAUUUAUAUGCAAACAUACAUAAAUACAUACAUUCAUACAUACGUACUUUACUUGCAAACAUUCAUCCAUUCAUACAUACAUACAUCCAUGCAUCCGUUCAUAUAUACAUGGAUAGAUACAUGCAUACAAACAUAAAGAGAGAUGAAUUAGAUUUACUGUUAAAUUAUGUUAGCAUAGUGAUUGUUCAAACUCAAUUUUGACAAGAUGCCACUGGAUGACGCUGUUUGAAAGCACUUGACUUGAAGAAAUGACCACUCCAAAGACUAUUGUUUGAAGCUGCGUAAGCCACUCCCAUCCAACAGAGGGAACUCCACUGCGAAUAGCACGCGCAGCGCUCCGUUUAUAAAGCUGCUUAGUGCGCUGUCCACUUCAGCACCACAAGCAGAACAGAAGCGACCCAGCUAACACCGAGGAGAAAGAGAUAGAAGGCACCACACAACAUCCCCAUCGCUCGAAGCUGAACAUCGCCACGCACAACGCUAGAAACGUCCACACAACCAAAGAGAGCCCAGAAAGAGUACAGCCGCCAUGUAUGACGAGGCGAGGGUGCCCUCACCCAAGGACGCUCAAAAUGGAGUCCCCCAGUGCGCCGCUCAAGGGGCGGGGCCGGAGGCGGGGCUUGUCACCGGGGACGGGAGUCCGUCUCUGACGCCAGCCUCUCGACCAAAAGCUGAGGAGGGCCCUUUGGGUGAGGGGGCGGCGGAGGAGGAAGAGGAGGAGGUAGUGGGAGAGGAGGAAGGUGGUCAACCCAAGGCGGAGCCGGUGCUGGUGAAGAAGCCCCACAGGAUGAUCCUGGACCACGACCGCAAGAGGAGGGUGGAGCUGAAGUGCAUGGAGCUCCAGGAGAUGAUGGAGGAGCAAGGGUACACAGAGGAGGAGAUCCAGCAGAAGGUGAACACCUUUAGACAGAUGCUGAUGGACAAAGAAGGGGUGAUCACCAGAGAGGGAUCGCACCCACAACCCAUGAUCAACCACCUGCAGUACCCCCACGAUGAGGAAGAUGAAGGUGACCCGGAGCUGGCUGCCUACGGGGAAGGAGACUAUGACCACUACUACCAGAGCGAUCAUAGGGUGAAGAGGAAAUCCAGCAGUUCUCCGUCCCCGCGGCCCAAGAAGAGGAAGAAGAAGAAAUCCGGCCGGCGGAAGAGCCAAGUCGAUGGCUCCUCUCCAGCUCGCAGAGAAAAGAAGAAAAAGAGCGGGAAGAAACACAAGCGUGACAGGUCCACAUCAGGUUCCAGGAGGAAGAGGAGACAUAGAUCCGGCAGCCCAAAGAACAAGCACAAAGACAGGACCAAACAGAGGAAAGGGUCUCCUGUUGCCUCUCCCAGCAGGAGGUCCCAGCAGAGAGGGAGCUGUUGCAGCUCCCGCAGCGCCUCCGCCUCCACCACCAGGAGCCUGUCCAGGUCCCCCGCCAGGCUGAGCGGCAAAUCCAAGAUGGAUGCCCACAAGGCCGCCGGCAGCUCGCUGUCGCCGGGACCGAACGCCGCCAACGCCGUCACCGCCACGGUCGCAGCCGCGUGGCACAACGGCCACCACAGCCAGCGGGGCCACAACGGCAAGCCAGGCAGCCGGCUGGACCACACCGACAGCCUCAAAGUACACCAUGUAUGUGAGCUCUCGGUCAGUCCCGCCAACCCUCCCUCUCCCUCUGGUCCCGGGGCGGGCAGCAGCCCCGGGCAGCGCAGCAGCUCCUGGAGCAGCGGCCGCUCGUCGUCGGGGUCCCCCUCCAGGGACCGGGGGGCCAGCAAGGCCAAGUCUCCCCACAGCCGACAGAACAACUCCAGGGAUCGGGACAGUGCCAACCACUCGGAGGGGGAAGGCCGCGGCGCCCGGCGGCGUUCCCGGAGCUACUCGCCCAUCAGGAAGAGGAGGAGAGACUCCCCCAGCUUCAUGGAGGCCCGCAGGAUAACCAGCGCCCGCAAGAGGCCCAUCCCGUACUACCGGCCCAGCCCCUCGUCCUCUUCCUCGUCCUCCUCUUCCUCGUCGUCCAGCGCGGCCAGCACGCCGUCUCGCAGCCGGAGUCGCAGCCGGAGCCGCAGCCGGAGCCGCAGCUACGGCAGCUACAGCAGCCGCAGCCGCAGCCGGAGCCGGAGGCGUUCCCAUAGCAACCGCAGCUACGACAGCCGCAGUAGCUACGACAGCCCGGGCUUCUGAGAGGGCGACGCCCAGGAAGUGAGAAUGAUGAUGACGAUGAUGGGGUGAAGAAAGAAAAUCAUGGUUUUAACCCCGGGUCCGGGUCGGAUCGUCAUGUGUUGGUAGUUUGAAAGGGUUUGGAGUCCCAUACUGGACAGUCGGGUGGUUGGGGGGUGUAAGCUUCUUCUUGGACUCUGAUCUGCUAAACCACAGCUUCCUUCACCGACUGCAGAGCUCACAGUUCAGCGGCCCGGCCUUCGAAACAAACCCAUCACUCUAAAAUAUCCCCGGUAAUGUUAUCCACACCUGCAGUGGACCCUCAUCCAGAUCAUUUAUUUUUUGGGUUAAUUUGGUUGAAAUCAUCG